AUGAAAUACAUACCACGAAAGAUUAAAGACAAAUAUGAAAUACUCGGUCUUAUUGGUGAAGGUGUAUACGGCAUUGUUCUUAAAGCUCGAAAAAAAGAUUCAAAUACACUUGUUGCUAUAAAAUAUUUUAAACAAGCUCCUGGAUAUCAUACUGAUGCUGAUGUUAUUGAUCGUGAAUUAAAAAUUCUUCAAUCACUUCGAGUUGAAAAUAUUGUUGAAUUAAUUGAAUGGUUUCGUGAUAAGAAACGAUGUUGUCUUGUAUUCGAAUAUGUCGAAUGGAAUAUGUUACAAGUUUUACAAGAAAAUCCUGAAGGUCUACCAUUAGAACAAGUACGUCGAUUAUCAUAUCAAUUAUUUAGUGCUAUUCAUUGGUGUCAUAUACAUGAAAUAAUUCAUCGUGAUAUUAAACCAGAAAAUUUACUUAUAUCAAAAAAUUUUAUUUUAAAAUUAUGUGAUUUUGGUUUUGCAAGAUUUUGUAAUACAAAAACAAUGGCUGAUUAUUAUACUGAUUAUGUUGCAACACGAUGGUAUCGAUCACCUGAAUUACUUGUCGGUUCACCAUAUGGAAAACCAGUUGAUGUAUGGGCAUGUGGAUGUAUCAUGGCUGAACUGAAGACUGGUCAAGCAUUGUUCGCUGGUGAAAGUGAUAUUGAUCAAUUAUAUCGUAUUCAAAAAUGCUUAGGAACAUUACCAGCAAAAUAUAUGUUAACAAUGAAUACAAAUCCAAAAUUUCAAGGCUUAAAAUUUCCGCCUAUUCAUCAUUUAGAUACAUUAGAACAACGUUUUGAGCAUUUAUUUCCAUCGGAUAUUAUGCAUUUAUUUAAAAAUACUUUACAUUUAUAUGCUACUGAUCGUUUAACAGUUGAAAAAUGUAUUCAACAUGAAGCUUUUCUAAAUUUAAAUCAAAAAUCUUUUCAACAACAAUAUCAUCAACCAAAAACUGAUUAUGGUUCAAUUAAUACGUCUCAAUAUGAAAUUGAUCAUAACAAUGAAAUAAUUGAUUGUACUAUUCCAUUUAGCAAAUUGAAUGAUGAAAAUAAUGAAAUUCAACUUCAACGUCGAUCUUCACUAUUAAAUAUAAAUAAUAGAAGUAUUGAUAAUUUAACUGAUAUUUCAUCUGCUGUUUCAUCUUCUAUUAAUCAACAAAUAAAAUAUCAUAGUAAUACACAAUUAACCGAUCGAUCAUCAACAUUCUAUCGUCAUCAACCAAAAAUCAUACGAACAGAAUCAAAUAAUGAACAAUUAAAUCAAUUUUCUAUUUUUAGUCCAAGAAGUUCAGAUAUUAUAAUUGAUGAUAAUGAUGAUAAUGUAAAAAAUAUUUUAUUACGAAAUCAAUAUCUUAAAAAUUAUUCAUCAAUACAAUCUUUAACACGACAAGAAACAUUAUGUGAACAACAAUUAUCGACAUCUCCUACAUUAAAUUAUGCUUCAAAUGGAAUUUUAUUAAGACCUAAACAACAACAUUCAAGAAAUAUUUUACAAACAUCAUUGAAAGAUAUGGAUAAAAAAUUCACACGAUUUAGUUUAGAUCAAAAACAAACAUCAGAAUCGAACAUCUAUCGAUCAUCAAUGGCUUUUAUGCCUAGUCAAAAAAUAAAUAAUGAUGUACAAGAACAACGACAUACACCUCGGGAAAUUAAUCGAGAUUUUCUUCGUAAUCGGACAGUUGAUUAUCAUUCACCUGUAGACACAACACCUAUACCUCAACGAACAUCUUCAAGACAAAGUAAAUAUCAAAUAGUGUCAGAUUUAAUAGAUCAAGUUGAUAAUGAUUCAACAGUUUCAACAACAAAUAAAACUAGUCGUAAUUUUGAACAACAACUAAAUCAGAAAUAUCCAUGGAAUUUCGAACAACAAAGACCUGUUUAUGGUAGUGAUAGUUAUUUAAUGAAUUCGAAUGGGCAUAAUUUAUGUUUCAACCGACCAUUUUAUUCUCCGAAACAAAACGAGUAUGUUCAUAUGAAUAAAUUUGCUAUACUUCCUGACCAAGAACCAUCUCAUGAUCCAAUCAAAUCAACAAAAUUAUCAUCAAAACAAAACGUGACUCCUUAUCCUAAAACACCAAUGGAUUCAAAUCGAAGACAACAAUCAAGUACUAAUUCAUUCAGCGUUUAUUCAUCUCCUCGAAUGGCUCUAUUACACAUUGCUAAUGCUAUAAUACCAUCAUCACAUCAACGACAACAAUCAAUUCGAUUUUCAAAUACAAAAUCUCGUCCUCAUGAUAAUUAA